AUGGAAACUUUUACUAGUGUAUUUUCAAAAAUCGAUACAAACUAUGAUGAGAUUAUCACUAAGGAAGAAUUAGAGAAAUUCGCCAAAGAGAAUCAUCUGGGUAAUCGAAUGGUUCAAAGAUGGUUUGAGCUAUUUUCGGAAGAGACAACAAACCAAAUUACACUUAAUAAGUUUUUAAGUGUUCUAGGUGUUGCAAAAGAGGAAUAUGAAAAAAUGCGAAGAAAUACAAUUCAACAACAUUCAGCAUUGUUUAAACUUGGCUCAGACAUUGAAUACAUUUCUGGCGAUAUGAUGUUACCACAACAAAUCAAUGUCAGCAAUGAAGCUAGAAAAUUAUAUCAAGAAUAUGAAUGCGACAAUAAAAUAUCGAUUGCUACAAAGCUUAAAGAAUUUCUAGAUAGAACAUUUGGUAGGUCAUGGCAUGUUACGGUAGUGGAUGGUUCCUUUGCCAGUUCAUAUACACAAGAGGUUAAUACUUCAUUUCACUUUAAAAUGAAAAAUCUUUGUUAUCUUAUAUGGAAAACACCAGAAUACAUAGAUGAAUAA